AUUUAAAAACAAAAAAGAAAAAGAAAAAGUUCCCUACAACUUAGUUAUGUCUAUCCAAAAUUGAGUGGAGUUAAUUCCCAUCCACACAUCCAGAGCAUAAUCUACAGUCAUAUAAUAAAAUUGAAUUUGUUGGUCAUCAAGAUAGUCUCUAUGCAUGAGAACUUGAAAAGAAAUAAAGAAAUAAAGGAAAAAAAAAAACAAAAAAAAAGAGAGCCGUUGCUACUGUUUGCAUUUUAUAGAACCUCUUCACCUUUGGAUCGGAAACAACAUAUGGCAGAAACUCAAGAAAUUAAUCUUCACGUAAUGGUACAAGAUGAUCAGGAAAACAAGGAAACAAAACUUGAAGCAGCAAGAAAUUACCAGUGGUGGAUAAGAAUAGCAAUUUAUAUACUAUUUCUGUUGUGUGGCCAAUCAUCAGCAACCCUUUUGGGGAGAUUGUAUUAUGAUCAAGGUGGACAAAGGAAAUGGAUAGCAGCUCUUGUCCAAGUUGUUGGUUUUCCAAUUCUACUUCCUUUGUAUUUCAUUUCUUCUUCUUCUUCUUCAUCAUCCAAAUUUGGAAAACAGCAAGCGAAACCUUCAUCACCUUCUCUUUUAGCCCUAUCAAUGGUUUAUGGUGUUUUAGGCCUAAUUAUCGCAUUAGGCUCGUUCUUAACCUCCUACGGGUUUUUGUACCUCCCAGCUUCCACUUUUACAAUCAUUUUUGCAUCCCAGUUGGGCUUCACAGCUCUCUUCUCCUUCUUCCUCAAUUCCCAAAAGUUCACACCUUUCAUUAUCAAUUCCAUUGUCCUUCUCACUAUCUCCUCCACCCUACUUGCUUUUCAACCCAAUUCUUCGUCCCUCUCGGGAGUCUCUAAAGCAAAGCAAGCAAUAGGUUUCAUAUGCACUGUUUGCUCAUCAGCUUUAGCUGCACUUGGGCUUUCGCUCUCACAGUUCUUCUUCCGCAGAGUUAUAAAGAAGGAAUCUUUUAGAGUUGUGUUGGAUAUGGUAAUCUUUGAGUUGCUAGUAGCAAGUUGCAUGAUCUUGGUUGGUGUUUUUGCUAGCGGUGAGUGGAAGGAUUUAAGCAAAGAGAUGGAUGGAUUUGGAUUGGGUAAAAUUUCCUAUGUCAUGACUCUUCUUUGGAGUACUAUAGUUUUGCAAGUUUUCCAAAUUGGUAUAGUGGCUCUUAUUUUUGAGGUUUCUUCUCUUUUCUGCAAUAUCAUAAGUGCUUUGGCAUUGCCUAUUGUUCAAGUCUUGGCUGCUAUCAUUUUCCAUGACAAUAUGGACGGUUUGAAAGUGAUUUCAAUAGUUUUGGCUAUUGGGGGCUCUGUUUCUUAUAUCUAUCAGAACUACCUUGACGAUCAGAAGUCCAAGAGUAGUACUACCGUUGAAAGUGCAAAUUCAAAUGCCCAUAUUGGAGUUUCAGAAGCAGCUUCCUCUAUGUGAAAGAGCGUCAAGGAAGGAUUUCUCUUUUUCAAUUUUUUUUUAAUUUUUUUUUUUUAAUCUGGGGUUAGAAGAUUCCAAUUUAAAAUCAUUACAUGGGGAAACUAUAGUUUUACCACUAAGUUAUUCCAAAGAUCGAUCAAAGAAAGAUGAAUAAGUGGAUAUGAAUGCAUUAGCAUAGUUUUAACGAGAAUAGUAUUCGUUCGGAACUGUUAUGCAUGAAAGUGGAAUGUCACAUUUGUAACAUAUAUAUGCUGUCUUGAGUGUGGUCAUGUCAUGACAUGCAGCCAUAUAAGAUUUGGUUUGGAACUGUUACUU